GGUCUCGCUCUCUCUCACACAGACAGACAGAGAGAGAGAGAUAGAGAGAUAGAGAGAGAGAGAAAGAGAGAAGAGAGGUAAAAAUGGAAGAGAUCCCAAAAGACUUGGAGAUGAUGAAAAGAAUGGAAGCUCCAAGUAUUGAAGCAAGCCAAGUAGCAACAAGUCAAACGCAGCACGGCUCCGGCACAACCUCGGCUCAUACCGUGGACAAAGAUUCGUGGCAACAAGUGGGGCUAUUGCUUGUCACAAGCUUCAACUGCGCCUACGUGCUAAGCUUCUCCAAUUUGAUGCUGGUGCAUCUGGGUUGGGCUUGGGGCAUCACCUGCCUGGUCAUCAUGGGGGCCUUCGCCUACUAUGCUAAUUGGCUCUUGGCUGAGUUCCAUGUGAUCAAUGGCCAGAGAUUCAUUAGAUACAGGGAUCUCAUGGGCUUUGUAUUUGGUAGGAGAAUGUAUUACCUCACAUGGUUCUUGCAGUUCACGACCCUACUUCUUGGAAACAUGGGUUUCAUUCUUCUAGGAGGAAGGGCCCUAAAGGAGAUCAAUUCAGAGUUCAGUAAUUCUCCCUUGAGGCUUCAAGUGUACAUCAUGGCAACUGGUGUUGCGUACUUUGUCUUUGCAUACCUAGUCCCCACGAUGUCGGCCAUGAGGAAUUGGUUGGCUACUUCUGCAGCCCUCACUAUAACUUACAAUGUGGUUCUCAUAGUGAUCCUAGUCAAAGAUGGGAGAAGAAAUAGAAGAAAAGAUUACAAGAUACAUGGAAGUGAAGUCGAAAAAGUCUUCAAUGCCUUCGGCGCAGUUACUGCGAUUCUUGUUUGCAACACUUCUGGGUUGCUGCCAGAGAUUCAGUCGACUCUUCGCAAGCCUGCAGUGACUAACGUGAGAAAAGCAUUGGCCAUGCAAUACACAGUUGGCCUUGCAAUCUAUUAUGGUGUGAGCAUACUUGGUUAUUGGGCAUAUGGCUCAUCUGUUUCAGAAUAUCUCCCAGAUCAGCUGAGCGGGCCUAGAUGGGCAAAUGUGCUAAUUAACUGCACUGCCUUCUUGCAAAGCAUAGUCUCCCAGCAUAUGUUCUGUGCGCCGAUUCAUGAGGCUCUUGACACCAAGCUCCAGAGACUCGACGAGAACAUGUUUUCCAAAAGCAAUCUCAUCCGCCGGUUCUUCCCGAGAGCACUAGUCUUUGUGGGGAACACAUUUGUCACAGCCUUGUUUCCAUUCAUGGGAGAUUUCGUAAACUUGUUCGGUUCUUUCACGCUCUUUCCCUUAACAUUUGUGUUUCCUAGCAUGAUCUUUAUCAAGAUCAAAGGGAAGACUGCAAGAGGAGAGGAGAAGGCAUGGCACUGGGCUAAUAUUGUUUUUUUCUCACUGCUAUCCGUGGUGACUACAGCAGCUGCUGUUCGAUUGAUAGUAAACAAUGUCAGGAUAUACCAUUUCUUUGCUGACACAUGAUGUUACAAGGAUUGGAUACAAGAUUGUAUGGAAAAUAUGGGAAGAGAUGGUUGGGACCGUAUGAAUGAUUUACUAAAUCUCAACUAUCUCAGAAGUAGAUGUAACUUUGAUUCAAGUUGCAUGCUUGAAGCAUAUGCCAGCUAUGGCAGAAUGGUUUAUUGAUAUCUAUUCAAAUAAUGGUUUGAUGAAUGUGUGAUACAAAAGGUUGUAUGAAAUGAAAUAUGAAUCUUUAUUA